GCAGCCCGCGCUGCUGCAUUCUCCGGCCGUGUGCUGUGCGUAUGAGAUCAUUAUCGGGAAUCGCUGCAGGACGGGUCAGCCAGGCAAACAUUUUGAACUCUCUCUGAGACAGCGAAGGAUGAAAACUGCGCCCGAGCUGCUUGCUUACCUCUCUAUGGUUCAUCCAUAGGCGCCUUUCUGCAUACAAGAAAUUGCGUCAAGACUCGUCAAGUGCUAUUUUGGAUUUACUGAGAGUACAUUUUUUUUCGUCAGGCUUCGCUGCAGAUGAAAUCCACUUCAUUCCCUAAUCAUUCCUCGUCCAGGGUUUGAGAGGCAAACUAUGUAGCCUUCUGACUGACAAGUGGGACGUAUUUAAAGCCGCGGCUUAUUUUUUUUUCUGGAAAAAAAUAAUGAACAAUUGAUCUGCCUUCGUCCACGAAUUUCGCCGAAAACACUGACGCCAGUGGUCUGUCAUCCUUCACGAACUAAAUGUUUGUAUUUUAAAACGAAGUCAGCCUUGAAUAGACGCCAUUUUCGCCCUUCUCUCUUGGAGGCUUGCUCCGUUUGACACACGCAUCUUCGGGGGGGUGUAGUCGGGGUGUCAUUUCGCUUGCUGACCAUGUCCAUGUAGACUGAUGGCAGCUUUAUAAGAACCACAACAACAGCAUCGAGGAGCAGAGGAAGUCGGAGGUCGCCACGCCACACACCAUGGUUGUUCUCUGGCAGAUGUGCAUAUGUCAUUGGAUUUCUGGGGCAAUGGCAAGGUGGGACGUUUGAGUCUGUACUGACAGCUGACGACUGAGCCAUUCAUCCGAGGUGCAGUCCCUCUCUCUGAAUCGGAAUCCAGGGACAUCAAUGGAGCAAAGAGAGCUCGCAAGCUCCGCCCGACUAAAGGCGGGGGAGGCUGACAGGCACCCAAGCAGAAGCGAGGCCAUUCUGGCUGACCUCCCCAAGAACUUGGGAGGUCCCCUGCACACCAUCGAGAGUGGGCUAUCCAUGGCUGGGAAGAACGUUCAACUUAAAGAGGGGGUUGAGUUCAGAGGGUCCAAGCUGGACAGUGGAAAAUGGUCACAUGAUGGGCUUGAGGAGCAAGAGUUUUCUAUUAAGGAGGCCAACUUCUCAGAAGGCAGCCUCAAGCUGAAGAUACAGACCACCAAGCGGGCCAAAAAGCCUCCAAAAAGCCUCGAGAACUUCAUAUGUCCCCCUGAGAUACGCAUAACCAUCAAACAAUCCGGCGAACACAAGAUGACCAAGCAGUGCAAGAGCAGCAAGGUUGCAAAGGAAGAGGGAAAAAUUCACAAGAAGAUGGUGGACCUCAAGAAAUUAAAUCAAAACACACGUGACCCUCAGCUGGACAGCACAAAGUCACAAGCACCAUCAGGUUCUUCCCCAGAAAACAGAACAGGUGUUGGACCUACAGGAGAGAUGUCAAAUGUAGCUGAGAAUAUUCUGCCAGAUUUGAUAAACACCCAUACUAAAUCCCAGCAAAAAAAAGUUGCCAGCAACCCUUCUUCUGGUUUCUGUGUUACUGGAAGCCCUUGCCAGAUAACCCACUCAUUCAUACCUACAAGUCCUCCACGAAAGGAAGCUCAGAAAACAGACAACAGUCUAAUGAGACUUGCUCCUGACAAGAAAGAUAAAGGUUUACGUGAGGUUUCUGAGCAAGUGUUUGGGAAUAUUAAGAGGAAAUAUGAGCGAAAAGUUUCAUCCUAUAAUUUUGAUGUUGUGGAAGGGAAAAUGGCUAAAAGCAUCUCUGAAGAUAGCGUGAAAGAGAGGCGAAUUAAUGAGUCUGACUAUUCUGAGCUGUCUUUAGGGGAUGCAGAGUGUAAUGAGAAAAGCAUAAUGCUGUCAGUGUAUGCUCCUGUGCAAACUGAUGAGUCAAAGGGGCACGCUGGGAGAAGGCGACAGUAUCAACAGUCAGUAAAAGAUGCGGUGAUCUCUGAAGACUUAAGAGAAGCCCCUGAGUUAGCCAAAAAAAGGGACAAAGAGUCAAAGGUACCGAACAAGAUAGGGUCAUGGGCCGCAAAGGUGACGGAUAAUCAUAAACCUGAAACAAAGAUGGCAGGAACUGUGAGUGGUAUGGUAAACACAAGUAAGAUCAGGCUGAGGAAAAAUGGUAUAGGGAGGUCCAAUGCAAGGACAGCUUCAGAUGAACAGGGAGACAAGAAAUCACGCAAAUUGCAGGCAGAGGAAAUGUCAUGUACAAAAUUAAAAGAGUCAAGUCAUCAGAAUGCUCCAGAGCUUCCCUCAGCAUAUCCUAUCACCCCUUCUAGCCCACUCUACACCAACGUGGGUAGCUUGACUGUCAUCGCCCCUCUUAAGAAGAGCCGUGGACGUCCAAAAAAGCAACCUUUACUUACAGUUGAGACCAUUCAUGAGGAAACAUCUGACAGUCCUGUUAAUCCAGUUACCAAGGAGACAUCUCAUACACAAAAGAAAAGGAGGAGGAAGCAAAGUUUAGCAAAAUUUGUUAAGAUGGGCCAUGAUAGUUUGUCCCAUACCAAUCAAGUGAAAGAAAUGAAGGCAAAUAAGGUCGCUAAAAUAAACAAAAGCACUUCUAAUAAAACAAAAUCAGUUGAAAUGAAACGUAUCUUAAAUGAAAUUCUGUCAUGUCAUAAGAACAAUCUGUUUUUAAAAUCCAUGGCUCCCACAUCACAUGCCGUUUCAACUGUGGCAUCAACAAUCGAGGCCAGGCUUGGAAAGCAAAUUAACAUAAGUAAGCGAGGAACUAUUUAUAUUGGUAAAAAGAGGGGUAGGAAGCCAAGGCCUGGGGUUCAAGUCCAAAGUGACCAGGACAAAAUGAGAAAUAAGCAACUGUCCUCUUGCUCAUUUGAAAACAUUACAGUGCCUUCCAAACCAUGGUCGCUUGUGCAAAUUUCUCCCAAAGCCAUCCAGUUGAAUUCUGCCCAAACUGUGGGUGCUAGUGGAACAGGUUGUACAUCAUACCUUUUCAAUCAAGGGACCAAUACACAGGAGGUGAGGACCAUGCCAAAUCUUCAGGCUGUCAGUGGAUUACCCAUGAAAACUCCAAAGACCAGCAACUGGAAGCGUUCUCCUCCUCAACUUAUGACUAACUCACCUUCGCAUCUCUCUGAGGUGGUCUCCCUGAAAGAGGUUACCUUAUCUCCUGUCAGUGAGUCACACAGCGAGGAGACAAUCCCUAGUGAUAGUGGAAUCGGCACGGACAACAACAGCACAUCUGAUCAAGCUGAGAAAGGUUCUGUUUGCCGAAGAAGAUAUUCUUUUGACUUUUGUAGCCUUGAGCCCUCUGAGGUUGUUGCAGCAGACAGUGCCAACAAAUCCAGGAGAGGACACUGGCAUAAUAAGAAUGGCACUGCACCCAGUAUAGAAACUCCUCUUAGUCCAGAUAAUAUGAAGAAACAGAAGCACUGGCGCAAACGCAAGGGUGUUCAAAGGCACAAUGAUCUUCAGUUUCUAGUUGACCUAGAGGAGCUCAUUAGCAAGUUCCAGAUGUUCCAUAUCUCUCAUCACAGCUAUAGGUUAUAUUGUGAGAAUUUAUAUCCUAGCACUUACCAAAUUCAUUAUGACCAGUACUAUCCCGUUCCAUGUUUUCCUUAUGACCAAUUACAUCAGUUUCGAAAGAAUCUGGAAAUGAAAUCAAAAAAGCGGCGUGGUAAGCCAGGCAAAACCGAUGAGUUCGUAACAAAAACACCAUUUAUCCAUGGAUUUGGCUAUCCUUUUCCCAGCAGCAAUUUCUAUGCACCCUAUACAAUGCCUUGUACAUCAAUGCCUGUUGCAACCACUAUGAUGAACUUAGGCUACUAUGGUCAAUAUCCUGCUCCCUUAUACAUUCCUCAUACUUUUGGGACAACAACCCCUCCUUUUUCAAGGCCAGUCGUCCCAGCAUCCCAGUUCCAUUCUGGAGCUCAUCUAAAGUUUACUCCUGGUAGCAAACACAGAUUUGGCACCCAUCAGCUACCCAUCACAAAAAUGGACAGUGUCCAGCCACUGUUAAUGGUUCCUAAAGGUGGUGCCGAUAACUUGCCCAAUGUCCGACACCACAAACGCAAACACAAGCACAAACACAAGCAUAAUGAAAAUCAACUCUCCAGCUGCCAUAAUGAAGACUUGGGAGGGCUUUAUAGAAGGACAAUGAAGCCUACAUUUCUGAGCCAUAUAAGUAAAAGGCUCAGGGUGCUGGAAAAUGAGCACAAUGACCCUAAACAAAAAGAUAAGCAACAGAACCCAGAAACCACUCACACUCUACAAAGAAGCUCUCAGAAUAUCUUUCAAGCAAAUACUUUUUACAAAUCAUCUCUUCCACAGUCAAAGCAAUGGAAGCUUCCGCAACAACCAGGGCAGCCAAUGCAUGAGAUACAGAGUGUCAGCAAAUGCAGACACACUGACAGCAUACAGUCCAGGCAGGAUUUCUCAUCAGACCUGUUUGAGAGACUACAGUUCUCUCGAGAAGGUAUCAGCAACAAGAGACGAAGCCUUGAAAGCCAUGGUGUGUACACGGAACAAAGUCCCCUAUUCAGAAAUGGCCAAAGGGAGAGGACACAGCUGUCACUUCCUCUUUUGGAAGAAAUCCACAGUGCUCCAAUGAAGAAAACAUUUAACCGAAAAAGAAAUGAGGAGAUUCACUGCAGCAUGAGAAAUGCUUGCAAGAUUCUCUCUACCAAAAAGAAUUUGGAUCAUGUUAACAAAAUCCUGAAGGCCAAACGGCUCCAAAGACAAGCCAAGACUGGCAACAACGUAGUGAAGCAGAGGCGAGGGCGACCCAGGAAGCAGCCUUCGCUGAUUGAUGAGGAGCCUGUGCGUCAAAUGCCAGUGCUGGAGAAAUGUGUAGACCUCCCAGGGAAGAAGUGCCUUCGCCAGCAGCCUGAGUUCUUCAGCCAAGACACCAUUGACUCUGUGGUUCGUACGGGUCGUCUGAAGAUUCAGCCACAGCCGGGUCAGCCUGAGGAUCCCUGGGAGGAAGUUCAAGCCAAGCGGCUCCGAUGGUGUCAAGGAAGCGAGAAGGAAGCGGGCUUCUCCACAGGGAAGAAGCGAGCCAACCUCUGCAGCCUGCCAUCCAGUCAUUUAUCACUGCACUUCACACCCUGAACUGUCCCAGCACUUUAGCCUGUUAAUAUUAUCUAAAUGUAUUUGGAAGAUUCAAGGCAGAUACAGGCAGUCCUUGAAGUGAAACCUGUUUAAAUUGAGCAGGCAUUGUGCAGUUCUCAUAUCGAUUCUACCAUGUCAGCUGUAGCAUCAUGUAAAGUCCUGUUAUUAUCAUCUUGUUUAGAACUGUGGUUUGGCCACACCUUUACCAGCAACUGUAUAUAGACUAUUGUUCGUUUGUUCUUAGAGUAUAACCAUCUUUUGUUUCUCAUGGAUUUUAAUUAAAGCACAAUCCGUUUAUUAUAAAGAUAUAGGACAAUAAUCAUUCCCCUCUCAUUUAUUUUAAUCCAUAUCUGUCAUUAGACCAUAUAGGAAUGUAUAUAAAUUGAACAUUUUUUGUUUGUCUGCAUUAACAUUUUUCAUUAUUUAUUAUUAAGGGCAGUCGAUAGUCAGUAUUGCAGUUUGAGUCUUUAUAGUCACUUUUUUGCUAUUAGUUUUAGUUCGUUUCAAAUGUUCAUAACUACAUUAGGAGAAAUGAUAUUGACCCAUGGGGCGCGGGUCUGCAGACUUUUAAAUAACUGUUGGAAUAACAUAUCUGUCUUUGCAUUUCACUGUGCCUUUUUCAUACAAUGGACUGUGAUGGCCUGGUACCAGCUCAGACUCCAGUCAGUUGGGCUUAUUUUGUGCAUUUAGUUUGACACAUGCUUAGCAUGUGUUUGUCCUAAUGUUGAGAUAUUCCUAGAACAUUUCAAAGGCAUGUUAAUAAUGAAGCAUCGCUUGAGCAAUUGAAUAAAAGUAAUACUCGUAUAAUAAUUUGAGCCCAUAUUUAUUCAUGAUUUCUUGAGUCUCCCCCUCCACCAUCGGUGCAUUGAUGGAGUAUGCUCAAUCAAGUACCUAAGAAGAGUCAGAAUGUCUACAUUUGUGAAUAGUGAAUUGGUAGAUAACAUGAUAAAAACAGGAUUUAAACAAAACAUAAACAUGUAAAAUAAUCUUAAAUGUGUUGCAAGCAAACAAAUCUGCUAGCAAGUGGGUUGCAUGGGCAGGAGAAAAAGGGAAAAGGUCUUAUAUAGUCUGCAUAUGUAUGGUCUGUAUAUAGCAGGGUUGGAGCCAUUCUGGAAUGCAUUCAUCAAUUCCAGUCCAAAUCAGGAAAUGAAACUUGAGUUGGGAUUGGAAAAAAAAAACUAUGGAGAACAGAAUUGGAAUUGAAAUCAAAUUUCAGGGAGAUUUAAAUUCCAACUCCAGUUCCAUUUUCUGAUUUGGACUGGAAUUGAUGAAUGCAUUGGAGAAUAGCCCCAACCCUGGUAUACAGCAUCUUUAGUAUCCUUUUGUUUUAGAAAAGCAAAUUAUGCAUCUGUAGACUCAUCAGUCAAUCUGAAUAGACACACUGUCAGCAUUAGGAAAGAUACCUUUAGCAGAGUAUCUGGAUGUUGGAAUUUCUUCCCAGAUUAAAACAUUCUUCUUGGUGGGAAAACAAAUUGAGUCAUCCACUUUUUCCAAGAGAAAUAUGUACUAAUCAGGCCCUUAAUAACAUAAGGCACGUGUAUCUUGACAACCUUGAUGACCAUAUGGUCAGGAGAAAAUUCCAGACUCUGAUUAUAAUUCAUAAUCAUAAUAAUCCACAAUGACACAAGCCUCAUAAAACAGAAUAUUGGUAUUUGAAUAAAGUGUCUAGUGGUCAUUUGUACUGUAUGCAGUUUUGUAUAUUAGCCAAGUUCAGUCAUUUUUUGUACAGGAAGCAUAGAUAUAUGUAUGUAUACAAACAGAUUAUUGUCAUUUUAUCGCUAUUUUGGAAUUACGUUCAUUUUGGUUAAAUGAAAGUGUAGUUCUCAAAAUUAAAAUGCUUUUUUAGAGUAAUCAAUAUUGUGACUGUUUUUGGUGGUUCUUGGAAUAUAAGACUGUCAAGACAGCAUCACGCAAUUGAAACAAACCUAGCUAAAAGGAUUUUACGAACACCUACAUAUUUGUUUCACAAAUAUUGUAACUUUCCCAAUUCGGUAUGGCCAAAAACGAAGUAACUUGAAUCUAAAAUGUUUACAUUUUUUGCUGAAAAAUUACUUUUAAUAUUUCAAAGGUCGAAAAGGUGUAUUGAUAAUAUAGACAUAUUAUGCAAAAAUAUACUAAGAUAUUUUAAGUCUGAAGUCCUGACUCUGAUAUGUCAAAACAAUGCUUUGUGUUAUUUACAUGUCUCGAGAAGCACUUCUGGUCAUUCAUCAAAAAUCUUUGAAUGAGAUCACACUGAACAGGAAAAUUCAAUGCUAAUGCAAAAUUAUGGGCAAAAGUGUUUAAAAAAAGACCUUGCCCUGUGUACUUAACUGUAUAUUCUGUCCCACUUACCUAAAUAAUCAGCCUGCAUAUUUAGGCCAUAAAGGCAAUCAUUUACAACUGAAGGAAGCAGGAAAUUCUGGUCUGUUUCAAAUAUGUGCAGAAGUUUAAUUUAUGUGUGGAUUUUUUCCUUAUUAUUACAGUAAACAAUAUAAAUUCUUUAGUUUUGGGAAACAUUCCUGAUAUGUAAAGACUCGUACCUGGAAAGUAGCAAACCGCUGACAUAGCUAGGCAAUAUAUUUGUUGUAAGCUGUCCUUUAAGGGCCAUCUCAUUAUAGAAGCAUUUGUUAACGUGCCUUGUGUUCAUUUAUUGUUUUGUAUACUGUUUAUCUUGGGCAAACAGCUAUUGUGUACAAUAUACAAUAGUUUUAGGUGCUUUUAACUUCAUAAUAUAUGUGUUUUUUCAUUCAUUUUCUUGACAAAUAUAUUCUAAUUUUAAUGAGUUGUUUUUUUUCUGCUUCUGGAUUUUCAAAAUGGUCAUAGAAUCUAUUUCCUGAUGUGAAAGUGACAUGCAUUUACUGUUUGAUCAGUGUUACAUUACAUUACAUUGCCUUUUUUCAAUACUGCCUGUAUAAUUGCCUCAUUGUUCAUUUAUUUUAAUUUCAGUUGUCUAGAUAAGAAAUGUGUGAAAAUUGCAUAGGCAUUUGAAAGUAUAAAUUCAUAGAUCUACAGUAUAUUUCUGGAGCCACUCUAGCCAUUCUUUGGAAAGCACUUUUUAAGUAUUAGGUGAUCUUAACGCUGCAAUGCAUUUAGGAGACUGACCCAUAUUUAGGAACUAUAUGGGAAACAUAGUAAAGAAACCAAGAACCUCUGUUUUAGCUACGCCUAUAAUGGAGUUCUUGGUUGCUACAUUCUAGUUGUAUCAUUAUAGACAGAAUUCCACAACCCAUUUGCAUUUGUGCAUAAAUUCUUUUUUUUUCCCAACGCCAUUGUGUACAUGAAAAAUUCAGUCUCAUUAUAUUUAAGCAUUAUAUUUCUAUACCAACGUAAACUUUUACUUAUUAAACUACAAAAAUUUCUUGUACACUAUUUUUGUUUUUACACACAAAUAUUUUUAUUCCAGAUAGUAAUAAAUUAAAUAUGUUCAACUGUGCAUUAAAUUUAUCGACAGAAAAUUAAAAUAAACCAUUUUGUGAAUGUAAUGUUCCUUCUAAAGUGAGCAUACAAUUUUAUGGUUUUGAAAACAGGGAUAAAAGAAUUUAAUGUGAAACGAUUGCCAUAAAAACAGCAACUUGUAAAUUGCACAAAGUAGUGAUCCGUGCAAUAAUAGCACAGCCUUAAUUUAUAUAUUUAUUUACCAAAUGUCUGUUGUAAAUAUUUUGGAUGAAAUGGAUCCAACUGCAUUGAGUCAAACUGUGGUUAUAUGAUAUCUUGGACCAAGAAGUUCGUUGUUCCAUGCAGGCGUCACUUAGCUUAAAAUUCUAAAUGUUGUGAGCUGAAUGCUGUUUGGGGCCAAAGUUACUUUGUGUUUAUUUUUCCCUCAGCAAACAGUUAACCAUACCACGAAUUCACAGUCAGUACCUUUAGUUGUUACUGCAAUAGAAACUUGUAAAUCUACAUGACCCUAAAUGUGCCAUUCUUAGCUGGAGUGUAAAUAUUCUGUCAUUGUUGUGGAUUCCUGUUUAAGAUAAUGAUGCACGCAAAAUUGAUGGUUCUGUGAGGUUGCAGCUUGAUGGUUGACAUUUUGGUAAGAUGUAAAAUACCCGGUAAUUUAAUAUACCAGCCAACAUACUGGUGCCUUGACAUUAUGAAAUGUGUUUUUGCUACUGUAACUGAUAAUCUGGUUUCGCUUUGACAAAGCAUGUUCAGGUUAAUGGGACAUAAUCUGUCUAUUGGAAUCUAUUGGCAUUACAUGAUAGAGAAAUAUAACCUAACUAGAAAAAAAUUAAAGAAUAAAAAAAAAAACUACGCAGAUUGCAUAAUUAUGUGUUUUAAAUUUUAUACAUUGAAAACGAUAAUUUUAUAAUGGUAAUGUUCAAAUGAAGUAUCUGCUAGAAUAAAAUAUAUAUGUAUGGAUGUAAGUUGCAAGGGCACAGUGUGAGUUUUGAACCACAAUGGCAUUCUUUCUUUUUGUAUACAUAGUUUUUUAUUGUAUUGUUUCUUUGCAUGUCACUUGAUUGUAUGUUUGUACAUUUUGAACAAGCAGUAAGUUUGUAUUUUAAACAUGUAGAAACAUUUGUAUAUUAUUUUAUACUUUGUAAGUAAUACAUUUUAAUUCAUAAAGCAUUUUUCUAUAUUCUAUGGAUAUUCCAAUAGCAGACACUAACAAACAAUAAAUGUAUGUAUCUGAUAAUCUGGUUUCACUAUGACAAAUAUGACAAAGUAUGGUCAGGUAAUUUGGACAGAAUUUAUCUAUAUAUAGGUACGUAUUUGUUAAAAUGGGUAUUUGCAAGUUUAGGUCCUGUUUUCAGUCUUACUCCUUUGUUUAUUCUAAUGAAAAAUCUUUCUGCUAUCAGGUUUUGUUUUAUGUGUGGGAAUAAAAAAAACACUCAUCCACAACUGAAUACAAAGUUAUGUGUUAUUUUACUGUGCUAACAAUGUUUCAUAAACAGAUUCAUGGUAUUUACUGUCUGAUUAUUAUUCGUAUUACCACAACAAUGGCAUUAAGAAUAAAAUGUAUGGGUUGUCAGUUCACAAAA